CCUCCUCCCACCACAUCAUGGGCCAGACUUCGAGCACAGCGACGCCGACGACGCUGCCCGAGUUUGCGCUGCACUGCCUGCGCGUGGCGGACGCGUCGCCGGCUGACGGCAAGCUCGAGCCGUUCUUCGACUACCUCAUCGGGGUGGACGCGGCGUCGUCGGUACCGACGAACGCGCAGGCCGCCAUGGCCGUCCCGACGCCCGUGGAGCUUGCGCGUGUCCUGGAAGCUAACGAGGGGAUACCGAUCCGGCUGACGGUAUACAACGCCAAGACGCAGCGGGUGCGGGACGUCACACUUACACCGUUGCGCGACUGGCACGCCGGGAGCGGCAAGGCGCGCGCGUCCCUCCUCGGGCUGAGUGUCAGGGUGUGCAACCCCGCCGCGGCGCUCGAGAGUGUCUGGCACAUUUUGGAGGUGCUCGAGGGGUCUCCGGCAGAGAUGGCCGGACUCGUGCCGUUCGGCGACUGGGUGUGCGGAUGGGCCGGUGGGCCUCUGCAUGGCGAAAGCGCGUUCCACGACCUCGUGGAGGCGCAUAUUGACAAGCCGUUGCGGCUGUAUGUCUACUCGGCGGAUUUGGAUAACCUCCGUGAAGUCGUCGUUAUCCCGAACGAAAAGUGGGGCGGGUCGGGCUUGCUGGGCUGUGGUGUUGGCUACGGCAUCCUGCACCGUAUCCCGCGACCUGCGACGCCGCCGACGGAGUAUUUCCCGCAUACGACGGGGCAUGUUGACGCGGCGCGGGCAUAGAGGUACAGCGACGGAGCGAGGGAGCUAGAUGUGUGUAUGCAUAGAGCUGAAUGAAUUGAGACAUGCGAG